AUGCCCUCCCUCCUUCCUAUCUUCCUCCUCCCUCUCAUCCUCCUCCUCCCCAUAUACCUCAUCCUCUCCACAACAAGAAAAUCACCCAAAAACACACCCCCGGGAUCCUUCGGAAUCCCGUUCAUCGGGCAGAGCCUCAGCCUCCUGUGGGCCAUGCGCGCCAACACCGCCGACGAAUGGAUCGCCGGCAGAGCCCGGAGAUACGGCGCUGUCUCGUUUGUUUUCUCUGGCGAUGGGAACAAACUGAGCAAUCAGCAGACGGAUUCGGUGAGGAUGGUCUUAGGCGAUCGCUGCCUGUUGGAGCUUGUCGGGGAGGAUCAUAAGCGGAUUCGAAACGCGCUUUCGUCUUUUCUGAAGCCAGAUAGCUUGAAGGAUUACAUUGGUAAGAUGGGAGGAAGAAGUGAUGAUGCACCUCCGUAUGCAUUGGCAUGGGAAGAACAAUCUCAAGGUUAUGCCACUAAUGAAGAUGCUGACAUUCAACAUAAUAUGCUCACUUCUGUUUGGUGUUGA